AUGUUUAAGCCGAUUCCUACCACCAACAAAGAAACUGACAAACAAGAAGAUAAAGAUCCCAAAGAGUUCUUUAAGGAUGUCGAUAAAGAAACUUUGGAGCUGUUAGAUUUAGAAAUCAGAACCAUGAAUAAAGAAUGGCUUAAAGUGCUUGCUCCUGAAAUGGUAAAACCAUACUUUUUAAAGUUGAAACGAUACUUGAAGGAUCAAAUAGCAGCCAAAAAGACCAUUUUUCCUCCCUUGGAUCAAGUUUAUAGUUGGUCCAAUUACACGCCUCCUUCUCAAGUCAAAGUGGUCAUCUUGGGACAGGACCCCUAUCAUAACUUUAAUCAAGCUCAUGGUCUGUGCUUCUCUGUCAUUAAGGGUGUCAAGGUGCCCCCUUCUUUAGUUAACAUGUAUAAGGCACUUCAAACAGAUUAUCCUGAUUUUGUAGUGCCAAGUCAUGGAUAUUUGGAGAAUUGGGCAAAGCAGGGUGUAUUGUUAUUGAAUACAUCAUUGACGGUAGAAGCACAUAAAGCAGGCAGCCAUGCAAAUCAAGGAUGGGAACAUUUCACAGAUGCUGUCAUACAGUAUUUGAAUACAAAGAAAUCGCACAUCGUCUUUAUGCUAUGGGGUAGUCAUGCUCAAAAGAAAGGAUCAAAGAUAGACAAGUCUAAACACUUGAUCCUGAAGAGUGUUCAUCCAUCUCCACUUUCUGCUCAUAAAGGCUUCCUUCAGUGUGGACACUUUAAGAAGGCGAAUGAAUACUUGAAUGAACACGCGAGAGAAACGAUCAAUUGGAACAGUCUUUAA